AUCUUCCAAGCUGACCCCGACAGAACCAUCGUCCCCUUUGCAGACGCCUCUGUUUUUCUCACCCAUUACUAAAAUACUAAAAUAAUAACUAAAAAACAAUUAAAUAAUUAAAUCCUUUUAAGAAACUCGGCAAGCCUUUCCCUUUUCCUUUUUCCUCCUAAGAUAUAACUAACUGUUCCCAUUUCCAAGUUGCUGAUCCGUUUCAAGUUCUUCGGGGUUUGAUAACAAUGCAAGCAACUCAAGGAAUCUCCAGUGGACUUGCAGAAAAAUCUCCUCAGGCUCAGGCUGAUAUCCAAAUAAAGAAAGGAGUUUCAGAUCCAGGACCAAACGGGAGGCGUCCAGAUAUUUCACUUCAAAUACCCCCUAGACCCGCAGGUUUCGGAAAUAGCCGAAGUGGAAAGGGUUUACUUCCGUCUCAAGGCUCCUCGAAAGGUAGUUCAUCAUCAGGAGGCAUAUUGCGGGGUCUAAGCUUCAAGAUUAAGGGAACUGCACCUGAUGGUGAGAGAAGCUUCCUCCUCAAUUCUGACCCCAAGACAGCUCCUGAAAGUCCUAUAAUGACCAACCUCAAGUCUGCAUUUUCAUGGAAAAGAUGUACCUCUCUUCCUGUUACACCCGCAUCAAACUUGUCCCCGUCAGUUUCCAUGCCUGCUUCAGCAAGGACAUUUAAUGAACGGCAUAAGCCACAUAAAGAGUCUGGGCAAGCUAUGGUUUCAAGGUCCCUGUCUGUGCCUGGGCAAAACAUCGUUAUUGUAAGAUCUGUAUCGUUUGCUAUCCAUAAUGAGCAUGUCCCAACAGAUCCUAGUGAUGGUGAAAUAACUUCGAUUCCAGUAGAAAGCAAUGAUGAAGAGAUCCCUGAAGAGGAUGCAGUGUGUAGGAUCUGUCUUGAUGUAUGUGAAGAAGGAAAUACGCUUAAAAUGGAAUGCAGCUGCAAAGGUGACCUCAGACUUGUACAUGAAGAAUGUGCAGUUAAGUGGUUUAGCACUAAAGGAAACAAGACUUGUGAAGUAUGUGGGCAAGAGGUUCAGAAUUUACCGGUAACUUUGCUUCGUGUGCCUACCUCUAUUCAAAGGGAUUCCAGACAGGAGCGCGCUCAACAGAGUUUGCGUUCACAAUCAAUAAGUGCCUGGCAGGACUUUGUGGUGCUUGUCUUGAUUAGCACAAUAUGCUAUUUCUUCUUUUUUGAGCAGCUACUGAUUCAUGACUUGAAGGCUCAAGCAAUAGUGAUUGCAGCACCAUUUGCUUUUACCCUGGGCCUUUUGUCAUCUAUUUUUGCAGUCAUCCUUGCAAUCAAGGAGUACGUAUGGACAUAUGCAGCUCUCGAGUUUGCACUUGUGGCCAUUAUUGUCCACCUCUUCUACACUUUCCUUCAUCUGAGGGCCAUUUAUGCUGUACUGGUUGCAUCAGUUUUAGGCUUCGGCAUAGCCAUGAGCCUCAACUCCUUGUAUAUUCAAUAUUUCUCUUGGCGAGUUCAGGUUGCGCAGAACCCCCCAGUGUGAUCGGACUCGCAACUGGAUUGCAAGGUGUUUUCUACGAGUUGCUUGCUUGCGUAUUGUAAAUUAUUGGUGUACAAAUACUAAAGCGUAUUCAAGCAAUACCCUAAAUAGGCUUAUUUUGUUAUCUUAGAAGUAUUUGGCGUGUGUGCCAAAAGGAAGAGGUCACGCGUUAAAUGUGAGAGAAUUCCUUUUUUGUGGGUCAACUGUCAACUAAUGUUGUAAGCUUGUAAAAUUCUCUUUGUUCUGUCUCGCUACAUCGUUUAAUAUCUUCAUGCUAUUGAGGCGUAGAA